AUGGGGAUCUGGGGCUGGCCGUGGGGGCGGCGUGGGCUCUCGGGCUUCGGAUCCGCGUCCACCGCUGAGGACAUCGCCGCCGGCAUCGACGCCAGCCAUCUCACAGCCAUCGUCACAGGAGCAACAAAUGGCAUUGGCAAGGAGACGGCCAGAGUUCUUGCACUGAGGGGAGCAAACGUGAUCAUACCAGCAAGGACGCUCGAGAGUGGGAUGAAGGUGAAAGAGAGCCUCGCUGAAGAGGUCCCGAGCUCAAAGCUACAUGUCAUGGAGAUGGAUCUGAGCUCCCUCGACUCUGUUCGCAGCUUCGCGGGCUCCUUCAACUCCUCCCAUAAGCAUCUGAACGCCCUCAUAAACAAUGCAGGGAUAAUGGCCUGCCCUUUCCAGCUAUCCAAAGAUGGCAUUGAGCUACAAUUCACAACGAAUCAUCUUGGCCAUUUCUUGCUGACAAAUCUUCUACUUGACAAGAUGAAAUCAACUGCCAAGGAGACCGGUAUGCAGGGCAGGAUCGUAAACCUAGCUUCAACAGCUCAUAGAAGGAGUGAUGGCAAAGGCUUUGAUCUGAACAAGCUGAACAACGAGUCCAAGUACAAUGCAUUUAGUGCAUACGCACACUCCAAAUUAGCAAAUAUUCUCCAUGCAAAUGAGCUAUCCAGGCGUUUCCAGGAAGAAGGAUGUGAUCUGACUGCAAAUUCGCUGCACCCUGGAAUCAUCGGAACCAACAUCGUUCGCUACAUCACGACAAACAGUGUGCUGGCCUCGAUUUUCUCGCUGGUCAAGCCUUUUGUGAAGGAUAUACCCCAGGGAGCUGCAACUACCUGUUAUGUGGCUUUGCAUCCUGAUACCAAGGGUGUGUCCGGCAAAUACUUCGCUGGUUGCAACGAGGCGACGCCGACGUCCGUCGCAAGAGAUGCAGAGCUGGCCAAGAGGCUGUGGGCGUUUAGUGAAGAACUUGUAGAAAAUAGAUCAAAAUGA